UUGGGCCAUGUGGGCGGAUCCUGGCAGUGUGACUGGGCGUGCGUGUUGGAGCCUGAUCGUGUGGGCGUGGCACGGAGGAACCCUGCCCCUGUGUGGGCGGGGCCUGCGUUUUGCCCGGUUGGUUUGGCAGGUCCCAGGGGAGCCCGCCCCCCGAGUGGCCGCCCAAGGGUGGCAUGGGCACUCGAUGGGGUCUGGGCAGAAAGCCGUGCUCCCCUCACCUCCCUGCCUCUGGUCGUCUGCAGACGGACUGGACUGAGCCCUGGCUCAUGGGGCUGGCUACCUUCCAUGCGCUCUGCCUGCUCCUCACCUGCUUGUCCUCCCGGAGCUACAGACUACAGAUUGGGCACUUUCUGUGUCUAGUCAUCUUAGUCUACUGUGCCGAAUACAUCAAUGAGGCAGCUGCAAUGAACUGGAGAUUAUUUUCAAAAUACCAGUAUUUCGACUCCAGGGGGAUGUUCAUUUCUAUAGUAUUUUCAGCCCCGCUGCUGGUGAAUGCCAUGAUCAUUGUGAUUAUGUGGGUAUGGAAGACUCUGAAUGUGAUGACUGACCUGAAGAAUGUACAAGAGAGAAGAAAGGAGAAGAAAAGGAGAAGGAAAGAAGACUGAGGGGCAGCAGCUGCUUGGAGUUUGUGUCCUUCCCGUCCACCCUGGCUGCUCCCAGUGCUACAGUGCACAUGGCGUGGGCAUCCUUCCAGCUGACUCUGUGGUUUGAAAAACUGUUGUUUUAUUUAAAUAUCCACAGUGGUAGGCACACACUGAAGUCGGCUUUUCAGCCAGCACUGAAUGUAUCCAUCAGGACAUGCAUCUUCAGGCGCCUGAUCUUUGUAGUCAGGCUGUGGGAAUGGUCUCUGCAGAGCUUCAUAACUGGGAGUUUGAUUUGAAGAAGUCCAUGUCAUAUGUGUAACUAGUACUAAUUAUAAAUAUAAAAUACACAAUAUAAAAUACGAAAUUCAAAAAUAAACCGUGCUACCCUGUGCAUGGGCACCGUCCCCGCCUCCACGUGCUGUGUUUUCUAGCGUAUGCCAUGGUUCACAGUGAGGGUGUUUUCACCUUCCAGGAAAUGGAGCAAAAUUUGGAGACAGUUGGUUGUCACUGGAGGGGGUGGUGGUGCUGGCUUCUGUGGAUCCCAGGGGUGAUGCAGAAAAUCCCGUAUCCCUGGGUCAGCUGCACCACAGACAAUGACUUGACAUGAAAUGUCAGCAGCGGUGGGGCGGAGAGACCUUGGAAGGAAGCUCUUGGAAAAUACGUUGUAUCUCAGUUUGAUGAACCCAUUCUCAAGAGGCUAGGCCCUAACAAAGUUAUGGGCUGCUUUACUGAAAACAGAAUGGAAGCCCUGAAGUCAGCACUCCAUGGAGAAGCAUGUCUUUCCUAAUGUCCUGGUGUUCUGUGGAUUUAGGUGCUUGAGAACACAAUGCUCCCAGUUCUGUUAGGACAGGCAUACCGUCACUUUGCAAUAUGCACUUUGUAAAACAGCUCCUACCCAGUGGCUCUUGGUUCCUGACAAAUCUGGACCUGUGGUUUAAGAAUGAAAGGUGGUUGGAGACCCAGAUAUUUAAAAAUAGGUGUUCAAUAAGGGAAUACUCACUGUGCAUUGUAUCUGAUAGCAUGCCUAAUUGUGCAUUUCUGAAAGUUACUGAUUCAAAAUGUAAUUGGCACAGUUAUCUUUGAGUAGACAAGCCUGGGAAGAGAAUGUUGAGGUGUGGAGGUGACCAGCCAAGUUCGUGCCCCUCUCAGGCCUUUGUGGCUGAGAGGUGGGACAGAAAGAUGAUUAAGGUGAUGUGUCCUCCUUCCCCGGCAUUGUCCAGGGCCACUGUGUAGAUACUUGACUUCACUGACAGAAAACAAACCUGGGAGUUUCUAGAGACUAUGCAUUUUUAGUAUAACAUUUUCACCCUCUGACACGGUUUGGCUCUUGUGUCCCCAUCCAAAUCUCACCUCAAAUCGUAAUCCCCAUGUGUCAAGGGAGGGAGCUGAUGGGAGGUGAUUGGAUCAUGGGAGUGGUUUCCCCCGUGCUGUUCUCGUGAUAGAGAGGGAGUUCUCACAAGAUCUGAUGGUUUUAAAGAUGGCAGGUUCCCCUGCUGUCACUCCCUCCUGCCGCCUUGUGAAGAAGGUGCUUGCUUCUCCCUCUGCCAUGACUGUAAGUUUCCUGAGGCCUCCCCAGCCAUGUGGAGCUGAGUCAGUUAAACCUCUUCUUUAUAAA